GGAGCUGGCAGGGGACAGGAGGCAGAGACCGAAGGGGAGAUGCGCGAAGCGCGGUCUCCCCGCUCCCACUUCGCCCCGGAAGCCCCUUCGCGCAGAUCCACCGGGAUUAGGCUCUCCACCCUAGCCCCGGCCCAACUACCGAAACCAGGGUGGAGGGGGGGAUGGCUGCUGCUUCUUGAGAAAUCCCCCUAACUCCCACCCUGACACCCCUCGCUACGGCCCAAGGGGAGAACUUUUUGCUCGGACACCUCGGAUCCUAAACCCAGCGGAGGUGAGGGGCUUUGAGAACAACGAGAGGCUCGCUCUAAAACCCGGAAGGCCCUCGCGGGGAGCCGAGAUCCGGCGAGGCUGGGUGCUCCCCCGGUUUUUCGAUGUGUUGAAAAUCUAAGAGCUUCUUUUUCUUUUUUUUUCGUAACACCCCCCUCCUUUAUCCCCCAUCCCCUCGCUUUGGCUUCAGGGUUGCAAAAGCAAAGAGCAAUUAAAAAAAAAAAAAAAACCCGCGCACACACUCAGACACACACCAGUGGCGACAGGGGAGAGUUGGAAAGACGCAGGAGAGAAGCAGGAGGCAGGAGGCAGCGGGGAGGGAGCAAUGGGAGCGGGAAGCAGGCAGGUUCCCUCGCAAAUCCCCCUCCGGCCCCACGUCGCUUCGCCGGCCCCGGCAGGGGAGCAAGGAGCCGGGCUAGCAGAUGGAGGAGUGGAGCUCGCUCUAGGCAGCGGGCUUGGCCGGAGAAUGGAGGAGCCGCCAAGCGACCGGCUGAUUGGAAGAGAAACGCAGAGCGAUGGAGGCGGGGGUAGGAGGACGAUUUCUCUGCGGGGACUGGCGGCGGCGUAUACGCCCGGGUCGGGCGCUGCAGAGCUUGGCUAGCUUUCAACCCGCGCUCGCCGGCUCCAGCCCCGCGCGCCCCCACCCCCAGCCCUCCCGGCGGCUCCGCAGGGUAAGGUGGUUUUGACCGCGGGUUGCCCGGCCAGCACGACCCGAGGAGGUGGCUGGAGGAGGUGGCUGGACGGCUGAAGAAUGAACGGAGAAGCUGACUGCCCCACAGACCUGGAAAUGGCCGCCCCCAAAGGCCAAGACCGCUGGUCUCAGGAAGACAUGCUGACUUUGCUGGAAUGCAUGAAGAACAACCUUCCAUCCAAUGACAGCUCCAAGUUCAAAACCACCGAGUCACAUAUGGACUGGGAAAAAGUAGCAUUUAAAGACUUUUCCGGAGACAUGUGCAAGCUCAAAUGGGUGGAGAUUUCUAAUGAGGUGAGGAAGUUCCGAACGUUGACAGAAUUGAUCCUUGAUGCUCAGGAACAUGUUAAAAAUCCUUACAAAGGCAAAAAACUCAAGAAACACCCAGACUUCCCAAAGAAGCCCCUGACCCCUUAUUUCCGCUUCUUCAUGGAGAAGCGGGCCAAGUAUGCGAAGCUCCACCCUGAGAUGAGCAACCUGGACCUGACCAAGAUUCUGUCCAAGAAAUACAAGGAGCUGCCGGAGAAGAAGAAGAUGAAAUAUAUUCAGGACUUCCAGAGAGAGAAACAGGAGUUCGAGCGAAACCUGGCCCGGUUCAGGGAGGAUCACCCUGACCUAAUCCAGAAUGCCAAGAAGUCGGACAUCCCCGAGAAGCCCAAAACCCCCCAGCAGCUGUGGUACACCCAUGAGAAGAAGGUGUACCUCAAAGUGCGGCCAGAUGCCACUACGAAGGAGGUGAAGGACUCCCUGGGGAAGCAGUGGUCUCAGCUCUCGGACAAAAAGAGGCUGAAAUGGAUUCAUAAGGCCCUGGAGCAGCGGAAGGAGUACGAGGAGAUUAUGCGUGACUAUAUCCAGAAGCACCCUGAGCUGAACAUCAGUGAGGAGGGCAUCACCAAGUCCACCCUCACCAAGGCCGAACGCCAGCUCAAGGACAAGUUUGAUGGGCGACCCACCAAGCCACCUCCGAACAGCUACUCGCUGUACUGCGCCGAGCUGAUGGCCAACAUGAAGGACGUGCCCAGCACUGAGCGCAUGGUGCUAUGCAGCCAGCAGUGGAAGCUGCUGUCCCAGAAGGAGAAGGACGCCUACCACAAGAAGUGUGACCAGAAAAAGAAAGAUUAUGAGGUGGAGCUGCUCCGUUUCCUAGAGAGCCUGCCUGAGGAGGAACAGCAGCGGGUCCUGGGGGAGGAGAAGAUGUUGAGCAUCAACAAGAAGCAAGCCGCCAGCCCAGCCUCCAAGAAGCCCUCGCAGGAAGGGGGCAAGGGGGGCUCGGAGAAGCCCAAGCGGCCCGUGUCAGCCAUGUUCAUCUUCUCUGAAGAGAAGCGGCGACAGCUGCAGGAGGAACGGCCCGAGCUCUCGGAGAGCGAGCUGACCCGUCUUCUGGCCCGCAUGUGGAACGACUUGUCGGAAAAGAAGAAGGCCAAGUACAAGGCCCGGGAGGCGGCGCUGAAGGCUCAGUCGGAGAGGAAGCCAGGCGGGGACCGCGAGGAACGGGGCAAGCUGCCCGAGUCACCCAAGAGAGCUGAGGAGAUCUGGCAACAGAGCGUCAUCGGGGACUACCUGGCCCGCUUCAAGAAUGACCGGGUGAAGGCCUUGAAAGCCAUGGAGAUGACCUGGAACAACAUGGAGAAGAAGGAGAAAUUGAUGUGGAUUAAGAAAGCAGCCGAAGACCAAAAGCGAUAUGAGAGAGAGCUGAGUGAGAUGCGGGCACCCCCAGCCGCUGCAAACUCGUCCAAGAAGAUGAAGUUCCAAGGAGAACCGAAGAAGCCUCCCAUGAACGGUUACCAGAAGUUCUCCCAGGAGCUGCUGUCCAACGGGGAGCUGAACCACCUGCCGCUGAAAGAGCGCAUGGUGGAGAUUGGCAGCCGCUGGCAGCGCAUUUCCCAGAGCCAGAAGGAGCACUACAAAAAACUGGCGGAGGAGCAGCAGAAGCAGUACAAAGUACACCUGGACCUCUGGGUCAAGAGCCUGUCUCCCCAGGACCGUGCAGCGUAUAAAGAGUACAUCUCCAAUAAACGUAAGAGCAUGACCAAGCUGCGAGGCCCAAACCCCAAGUCCAGCCGGACUGCCUUGCAGUCCAAGUCGGAGUCCGAGGAGGAUGAUGAAGAGGAUGAGGAGGACGAGGACGAGGACGAAGAGGAGGAGGACGAUGAGAAUGGGGACUCCUCUGAGGACGGCGGGGACUCCUCCGAGUCGAGCAGUGAGGACGAGAGUGAGGAUGGAGAUGAGAACGAGGAGGAUGACGAGGACGAGGAUGACGACGAGGACGAUGACGAGGACGAGGACAACGAGUCUGAGGGCAGCAGCUCCAGCUCCUCCUCCUCGGGGGACUCCUCGGACUCUGACUCCAACUGAGGCUCAGUCCCACGCAGGGCUCCCCUCCCCAACUGACCACCUUUGUUUCUCCCCCAUGUUCUGUCCCCUGUCCCCUGGCCUCCCCCACUUUCUUUUCUUUUUCUUUUCCUUUUUUUUUUUUUAAAUUCGGUGGGGGAGGGGCUGGAGGAGCCCAGGCCAGGACUCUGCAGCCUCAGAGACAUCAGCCCUGGGGGGCCCUCCAGGGAGCGCAACCAUCAGACUGAGCCACCACUGGACCGGCCCGGCCCACCCCUUUUCUGCACUUGUGGUUCCGUCAUGGACAAUGGACCUGGGAGUGGGGUGGGGGGUCCCAAAGAGUUCGGUGAGGCCCUCCACACCUGCAGCCCGACCCAUGGGAGGGUGGAAGCUUGGGGAAGACCCCUCCCUUCCCAGAGGGGCUUGCCGACUGGACCCCUACAUUGGAACUGGAGGCAGGGAACAUGUGGGGAGAGGAGGGCAGGAGCCUCAGAGAAAACGGGCACCGCCCCACAGCCCUCUCCCCUGCCCUCUGCAGGAAGGAGCUGCCUGGACCCACUCAUGGGGGGAGGGGGCAGAAGUGUUUUUUAUAUAUGUGUAUAUAUUUUUUUUUUAAGCUCUGAGCUGUCAACGAGACGUUUCCUACCGAU